GACAGAGCCUGACAGGUGACACUGAGGAGGGACAACUCAGAGCUGACUCUCACACAGCGAGCCGUUACUCAGCCUCUGAACACGCACCCACUCGAACAAACACCACGGAGGAGGACCUCAACCUGAGCAGAGGCACAAUUAACACCCCAAACUCCCUGGUGUGAAUUUGGAAGUCAGUUGAAUUUGACUGAGAGAAAAAUGCUUUGUCAAGUUCUGAGGGAGUGAGCUGAGCUCGGCCCAACCGCGAUCAAGACAGGAGCACAUCUUAAUCAUCUAACAGCAGGGACUUCAGGACAGACCAAGGCAACAGCCUGAGAGCCCAAAAGGAGAGUUGACAAAGGACGUCAAAGACCUCUAAAGAUGGAAGAUACCCAGCAGGUUUGGCACGUGACGAUACCCUCGCAGGAAGACGCUGGAGAGCUGCAAAAGAAGGUGUCAGUGGCAAACCAGCCCGAGUGCUCCAUCUGCUACAACACCUACGACAAUGUCUUCAAAACACCCAAGCAGCUGCAGUGCACCCACACCUUCUGCCUGGAGUGCCUUUCCCGCCUCAAUGCGCUGUCCAACCACAACAACAAAAACCCCACCUUAGACAUCCGUUGCCCCAUCUGCCGGCAGGCCACUAUUUUGCCAAAGGAAGGACCCCCAGCCCUAGCCACCAGCCGCGAGGUCCUCUGCGAGCUGCCCAGCCACCAGCAGCAGGAGGAGCCGGUGUGGCUGGAGGGGGAGAGGCUGUGCUACAAGAGCAGGCAGAAUCAUAAUAGCUCAGGGGACCCUGAAAGUCCUACGGCCUUCUGCGUCUGCAUUGACAUUGGGUCCUCCAAGAUGGACACUGCUCCCGAGCUUCCACAGCGCCAUCUCACUAUGGUGGACAGAGUGGCUGACUGCAAGAAGAUGAUCCUCUUCAUUCUGCUCCUUGUGCUGCUUAUUGUGGUCGUUUUGUGGCCUCUGCAGUGCGUGUUCAGCACCGGGAAUAUGCGCUGCUUCAGCGAAAGCACCCACACGACCAUCAGUACCACCCCCAACCCCAACAUCACCAGUGCCAUGUUCAAGAAACUGGUGGGAUAAACAUUGAAACUACCUGGACUUCACUUGUAAAUGCUUAGAAUAUUGUGAAUGAUACAUUUGUACUGUUGUGUGACAUUUUAAUUAUUAUUAUUAUUAUUAUUUCCAAAUUGUCUUAAAAGUGUAUUUUAUUAUUGCUACACAGAAACAGCUCCUCACAUUUUCAAUUUGAAAAAGAGCCACAAAGCUUAAAGCGUCUAUGUGCAAGCUUUUUUAGACAUUUGACCUCAGUGCCUCCCGGUGGCGGUUUAAAAAACUGCAAGCAGGCAAACAGCCCGUAAAGUAACACUGACUGCAGCCAUUUUUACCAGUGACAUGUUAUUAUGGUGUUAUAGGGCACAAGAAUUCUUGACAUAGCUUGUUUUUUUUUUCUUUUUUUACGUUAUAAUGAGAUGAAAUUUCUUGUUCACACAGACAACCAUAAACUGUAGAUAAAGGAUGGACUAGCUUCAGUCUGUAAAGUGAAGCCAACGUGGAUGCGCCUUAGCCAGCAGGGAGAACUACGUACUUCUCACCUGAUUUAUUACCUCAUUUUUCUAAAGUGGGUGGGUCUUAUCAUAUCACAGCCACUCAUUAUGUAUAUUUAAAACAAUAAAAAAUAAAACUAAAGGCUUCAAUGGUAGACCAUGAACCAGCAGCUAUGUCCAUCUUUUACAGUCUGUGGACACGACUGAUUUACAAAUAACACCACACAGUGAAGCGAGACCAGCUUCACUGUGUUUGUUUAGCGGCACAGAGAAGAUGAAGAAUCUCAGCACUUUAAUCUGCGCUUGUAUUUUGAAAUUAGACAUGAUUUUUGCUUUCUAGCAGGCUCAAUGGACUGGAGCGCAGCUGGGUUAAUUUAUUGUGUCUACUUGUACACAACCAGGAAAGCUCAGAGACGCUGGCACAUGAAAGUUGAACUUUGCUUUGCAAAUGUCCGUCUGGCAGCACGAAGAAGUGUUCCCAGUAUGUCAAUGAAAAACUAUGUGUAAAGUGUGUUUUCUUAAGACCUUUUGUACAAACUUUAAAUAAAAAACAAACAAAAACUCA